CCGCCCCACACACGUAAAACCGAAAACCCCCAAUCACUUUAUUAACCUGGCGCACUUGGUUUAGGGCUACCCCAGAGAUCUCUGAACCCCGGUGAUCGUCGUUCGGAAGUCAUGCGUCACCGGCGGCGGAACGACGACUACGAGGACGACUACGAGGCGGAGGAUGCUCUCGGAGAUGAUGAAGACGAGGCUCUCGAUGACGAGGAGGACGACCGCGGUGCUUCCAGCAGGAAGCGCCGGCGAUCGGAAUUCAUAGAUGACGCGGCGGAGGAGGACGAAGAUGAGGAGGAGGAGGAGGAGGAUGAAUAUGAGGAGGAUUAUGGCGGCGGUCGCAAGGGCGGCAACCGCGCUAAGAGGCGGGCCGCAUCUGAUUUCUUCGAACUGGAAGUGGAGGUGGACAGCGACGUCGAUGAGGAUGAGGAGGAGGGCGGCGAAGACGAUUUUAUAGUCGAUAGUGGAGCUGAUUUACAAGAGGAAGUUGAUUCUAGAAGGAUGCACCGUCGCCCAUUGCCUCUACGGGAGGAUGACCAAGAGGAUGUUGAAGCUCUUGAGAGAAGAAUUCAAGAAAGAUAUGCUAGAUCAAGUCAUACAGAAUACGACGAGGAGACAACAGAUGUAGAACAGCAAGCUCUUUUACCAUCUGUUAGGGAUCCAAAGUUGUGGAUGGUUAAAUGUGCGAUUGGACAUGAGCGAGAGGUAGCUGUCUGCCUAAUGCAGAAGUCCAUUGACAGAGGAUCUGAAAUACAAAUUAGGUCUGCUAUUGCUCUUGAUCAUCUGAAAAAUUAUAUAUAUGUUGAAGCAGACAAAGAAGCACAUGUGAAGGAGGCCUGCAGAGGUUUACGCAAUAUAUAUUCCAAUAGAAUAAUGCUUGUUCCAAUUCGAGAAAUGACUGACGUCCUUUCAGUUGAAAGCAAAACAAUUGAUAUUUCCCGGGAUGCAUGGGUAAGAAUGAAGAUUGGGACAUAUAAAGGGGACCUUGCGAAGGUUGUAGAUGUGGAUAAUGUGCGUCAGAGGGUUACAGUCAAAUUAAUUCCAAGGAUCGACUUACAGGCCCUGGCAGCCAAAAUGGAAGGUAGAGAGGUAGCAAAAAAGAAGGCAUUUGUGCCACCUCCACGUUUUAUGAGUGUUGAUGAAGCUAGAGAAAUGAAUAUCCGCGUAGAGCGUAGGCGAGAUCCAAUGACUGGCGAUUACUUUGAGAAUAUCUUUGGUAUGUUGUUCAAGGAUGGUUUCUUAUAUAAAGCAGUAUCUAUGAAAUCAAUCAGCACUCAGGGCAUACAACCAACUUUCGAUGAACUUGAGAAAUUUCGGCAACCUGGUGAGAAUGGAGAUGGUGAUAUAGCUAGUUUGUCAACUUUAUUUGCAAAUAGAAAGAAAGGACACUUUAUGAAGGGUGAUCAAGUCAUAGUUAUCAAGGGAGACCUAAAAAAUUUAAAGGGUUGGGUUGAGAAAGUUGAGGAAGAGAAUGUUCAUAUCAGACCAAAGAUGGAGGGCCUUCCGAGUACACUUGCUGUUAAUGAAAAAGAGCUUUGCAAGUACUUUGAACCAGGGAAUCAUGUGAAGGUUGUCUCUGGUGCACAGGAAGGGGCAACUGGAAUGGUUAUCACAGUUGAGGGACAUGUAGUCAUCAUUUUGUCUGAUACAACAAAGGAACACAUCCGUGUAUUUUCUGACCAUGUUGUGGAGAGCUCUGAGGUAACAACUGGUGUUACGAGAAUUGGGGACUAUGAGCUUCAUGAUCUUGUGCUGUUGGACAACAUGAGCUUUGGUGUAAUCAUACGUGUAGAAAGUGAAGCUUUCCAGGUUCUCAAGGGAGUUCCUGAUAGACCAGAGGUUGUGCUUGUGAAGUUGAGAGAAAUCAAAUACAAAAUUGAGAGGAAAAAUUAUGCACAAGAUCGCUCCAAGAACACAAUAUCUGUGAAAGAUAUCGUUAGGAUUCUUGAUGGUCCUUGCAAAGGGAAACAAGGUCCUGUUGAACACAUAUUCAGAGGAAUUUUGUUCAUUUAUGAUCGUCAUCACCUUGAGCAUGCUGGCUUCAUUUGUGCCAAAUCACAAUCAUGUGUGGUAGUAGGUGGAUCGCGGGCCAAUGGUGAUAGAAAUGGUGAUUUGGUAUCAAGAUUUGCCAAUCUUAGAACUCCUUCACGCAUUCCUCAAUCGCCAGGCAGAUUGCCACCUAGAGGAGGUUAUUCUGAUUCUGGUGGGAGGCAUAGAGGUGGAAGAGGGCAUGAUUCAUUGGUAGGGAGGACAAUAAAAAUUCGUGUUGGUCCCCAUAAGGGCUACCGUGGGCGUGUUGUAGAUAUUAAAGGCCAAUCAGUUCGGAUUGAAUUGGAGUCCCAGAUGAAGGUUGUCACAGUUGACCGCAAUCAUAUAUCUGAUAAUGUGGCUGUUUCAACACCAUUCCGUGACGCACCUCGAUAUGGCUCUGGAAGUGAGACCCCAAUGCAUCCUUCCCGAACUCCACUCCAUCCUUAUAUGACUCCCAUGAGAGAUCCUGGAGCAACACCUAUUCAUGAUGGCAUGAGGACACCUAUGCGUGACCGAGCAUGGAAUCCUUACACACCAAUGAGCCCACCAAGGGAUAACUGGGAAGAUGCAAACCCUGCCUCUUGGGCGGCAAGUCCACAAUAUCAGCCAGGGAGUACUCCAUCACGGAUUUAUGAAGCACCCACUCCCGGCUCCGGAUGGGCCAACACUCCUGGUGGUAGUUACAGUGAUGCUGGAACACCUCGGGAUAGCAGCACUGCAUAUGCAAAUGCUCCAAGUCCCUACUUGCCAUCAACGCCUGGUGGUCAGCCCAUGACACCAAAUUCAGUGUCAUAUUUACCUGGCACUCCUGGUGGGCAGCCGAUGACACCUGGAAGUGGUGGGCUGGAUGUCAUGUCUCCUACAAUAGGCGGGGACAAUGAAGGACCUUGGCUAUUGCCUGACAUAUUGGUCAAUGUUCGUAGGUCUGGUGAAGAUACGGUGCUGGGGGUUAUUCGAGAAGUGCUUCCGGAUGGUUCUUGUAAGGUAGCCCUUGGAUCAAGUGGGAAUGGCGAGACGAUGGGUGCUCUUCCCAAUGAAAUUGAGAUGGUGAUACCGAGGAAAUCGGACAAGAUUAAGAUAAUGGGUGGUGCACAGCGUGGGGCUACCGGGAAGCUGAUUGGUGUGGAUGGUACUGAUGGAAUCGUGAAGGUGGACGACACGCUGGAUGUUAAGAUAUUGGACAUGGUUAUUCUAGCAAAACUAGCAUAAUAGCCAUGACCCAAUAGGUUCCCAUGUAAAAUAUUUAGGUCACCCUGUAACUUAAAUGCUGGAUUGUGCCUUUGGUUCUGGUUUCAUCUCUCUAGUUUCUCAAAUUAUGUUUGGGCGCAGCAUAUUCCCCUUGUUGGUAGAAGCAGUAAAUCCCCAAGUUAAAUCUACAUUGUACAUCUUUUUUCUGCAUUCAUCAUAAGUUAGAAAGACACUAAAAUUUGUUGAGCUUUGCAUGUAUGUUGUAAAGAAUCCCCAAUGAUCUAUGUUAUGCUUAUAUUGUUAUCUGUUGAGAAAUAAAAAUUGAUCUAAUAUUAGUUUGAACUUUCUUAAA